AUGCUUAGUCGCAUUUUACAAUUUUGUCUUCUCCCAUUUCUGAUUUGUUUGGGAUCCAAAUUAAAUCAGAGAGACCCUAAUAUUUUUCAAGAAGAUCCAGUCCUUGAUGUUUUGAAUCCAACGGAAAUUCCAGACGGACAAACAAUUACAACGCAACAGCUAAGAACUAUUCUUACGGCUUUUCAAAAGGACAAUGUGGCACGAAUUACAAAGCUUCAGAAUGAUUUUAAAGUCACAGUGAAAUAUCAAGAGAAUCGCAUUAAUAGCCUGGAGAAGAAAAUAGCAGAGCAAGAAAGAAUUAUUUCCAUUUUGCAACAUGAUUUUCCCGCAGUUCGUUCCAAUGAAGAACCGUUAAAUAGUAAUGCGCUUGAAAAAGAAGAAAGCUGGAAUGGCAGUGAUGAAUCAACCGGAAAAACCAUCGUGACUGAUGUAUCCUCCAUAGAUGAUAAACUUAGCCAUACGGAAAAUAAAAAUUUGCGAAGUCUCACAUCCAAACGACAUAACAAAGUUGGAAGAAAAGAAAGAUUGUUAAUCCCAGAAGUGCCUGGUGAAGUGGUUGCCUUCUACGCGUACAUGUCUGCUAACCUUCCAAGUAAUGUAGCAACUCCCCAUCAUGUGCUUAUUUUUGACAACGUUAAAACCAAUAUUGAAAGAUUGUUAAUCCCAGAAGUACCUGGUGCAGUUGUUGCCUUCUACGCGUACAUGUCUACUAACCUCCCCAGUAAUGUAGCAACGCCUCAUCAUGUGCUUAUUUUUGACCACGUUAGAACCAAUAUUGGUAGCGGAUAUCAUCCUUCCACAGGGGUAUUUAUAGCUCCAGAGACAGGGGUUUACGUAUUUAUAUCGAGUUUUAGAAAUGGCGAUGGUGGAAUUCACUCCACACAGCUCAUGAUAAAUUCAGAGGAGUGGGGAAUAACACACAGUCGCACUCCUUCGAACAGUUUCCUCCAGUCCACGGGUUGUGUGGUGGCCCAUGUAAAUAAGGGGGAUGAUGUUUUUGGGAAAACAUCAGAUACUAGUUCGGGACUUAUUACUAGUGAUAUUUAUGGUAAAACUUCAUUUUCCGGAUGGAAAAUUGAUUAA